GUGACUGUGGCUCAGUGAAAUCAACUGAGCCGGGGGGGAAGGAAAUAAGCCCGUGGGGUGCUGUGAUUUCCACGCCACGCGGACAGCACAGGGCCUCCAGCGGGAAGCGCAGCUCCCCGGACAUGUGGUUUCAAUAUCCAUAGGGUGUGCGGCGACCAUUGCUGCACAGCAGGCGUUGGGCUCUCCGUUCCUUGCAUACCGCCGGGGCUUGGCAGAUAAGAGGGGUGGUUUUGCACAGCGUCCAACAUCCAAGGGAGGCGCGCGGCAAAGUUGCCGGCAAACAACUUGCUGGGGAGCGGUGCAGAUCCGCGCCCACUCCUAUCUCUGUGGGUUUUCUUUGCAAAUCCCCUGCAGGCAGAGUUUGCUCAACGGGUUGAACUGGCUCUUUCUGUCUCGGUUUGUUUUUGCUUUUUUUUUUGGCAAACUAAGAAUUUCCUUCCUGAUAAAAACGGAUGGCGGGCGCCCCGAUUGGGCGCCGCGUUGGAGAGGAUGUGACAUCAGGCACAUCUCUCGCUUCGCCGGAUCGCUGGCUGCCUCCCAGGGCAGCCGGGGAGCUGCUUCGUUAAAUCCCAACCCAGGUACUCGAGUUUCUGCACAAAGUGCUCCCAACACCGCAUCCCGGUCUGCUGCAAGGUCUGUCUGACUCGUGCGCGCAGAGUCUGCUUAAUAAAUUACUCCCACCGCCGGGGGCUCGACGGGGACGAUGGAAUUUGAACUCUCGAGACCGACCGCCAAGUGAAAAAACAGAAAUUGGGCAGACGGGGCUGAGAUGGAUGAUGAGGGAACAAAUCAAAAUGCCAGCAAAUUGCAAGGAGCCGGGGGCCAGGCGUCUGCAACAUCUCUAUCAAACCCGCUGAUGAGGGACUUUGUUUCAGACUGGUCUCCUUUACACGAUGCCUCCAUCCAUGGGCGUCUGCUUACUCUGAAGAAACUCAUCAAACAGGGGAGUGAUGUGAAUCUUGUUACAGCAGACCACGUGUCUCCUCUCCAUGAAGCCUGCCUAGGGGGUCAUGCUGCUUGUGCCAGUGUCCUGUUAAAACAUGGUGCUCAGGUGAACGGAGUUACUGUGGACUGGCACACUCCCUUGUUCAGCGCUUGUGUCAGUGGCAGUGUGGCUUGCUUGAAUUUAUUGCUGCAGCACGGAGCCAGCUUACACCCGCCCUGUGACUUGGCAUCCCCCAUCCAUGAAGCUGCUAAGAGAGGUCAUGUGCAAUGUGUCGAAUUCCUUGCAUCCCGUGGGGUAAAUAUAGAUCACAACAUCAAGCAUCUGGGUACUCCGCUUUAUGUAGCUUGUGAGAACCAGCAAGUGAACUGUGCCAAGAAGCUGCUUGAGUCAGGAGCAAAUGUGAACAGUGGCAAGGGCCUGGACUCCCCUCUGCACGCGGCUGCCAGGAAUCGCAGUGCGGAGCUGGUGACGCUGCUGAUUGACUUUGGAGCAGACAUUUGGGUGAAGAACGCCGAAAACAAGAGGCCAAUGGAGCUGGUCUCACCCAGCAGCCCUGUGGGCCGACUCUUCCUGCAGAAAGAAGGACCACUGUCCUUGAUGCAGUUGUGCCGCCUGUGCAUCCGGAAGUGCUUUGGACACAAGCAACAUCAAAAAAUAGCUGGACUUCUCCUCCCGGAUGAACUGAAACAUUUCCUUCUUCACGUUUAAGGCUUUCGUUUUCAAAAUGAUGCCUUUAAUAACACAGCAAGAAACACAUCCUGCUGCCACAAACUAAAGUUUGGCUAUGACCACUCUGUGCUCUCCUGGGAGCUUCCCCUGGGAAUAUCGCUGCCCGAUACGUGUGGCAGCAAGGAUGAUGAAGCUCUGGCUCCUCUGCCCGCCGCCCUGUCCUCUCUCCACCUCUGAACCACGGUGCAUCUGCAUCACCUGGGAGCAACAGCCGUCUCCCCUGUAGGGCUACCACCACAUCACUCCUGUGUCGGAGGGGCAGACCAAGCACUUCAGUACUUUUGGAGAUACUUUUCUUCUUGAAUUCACUGUGAAAACUCCUGCAAGAGUGGGCUUAGUGUGUGAAAACUGUGACAAUAUCAUUAACACCAGCAAUGAGAUAUGCCAAGUCCUCAUCUUGUAAGCGGAGAGACCAGCAGCCUUCAAAUCACAAACUUGUUUUGAUGUUUCCUAGUGUGCCGGUGUGCACAGUCCAAGCCUUCCUUUCUCAUACAGGAAGUUAAAGAGGAUGAAUCAAAUGCUACCUGGAUGCUCACAUUUGAUGUAAAUUACAAUUCAAAUCCUCAGCUGAACAACAUGACUGAUGGCUAUGGAUAUCCAGUAUGAUGGCUUGAUUUUUUUGUGCUGACCAAACAAAGCAAGAGAAGUUCAAGUUCUGCUGGUUUUGUGGGACAUUAAUUGUACCCUAACAGGACAAAAUGACAAACAGAGUUAGAGACAUAACUGCCCUUAUGAUGGAGACACCUAGAGAUCUUCACUGAUCUGACUCAAUCCAUCACACAUAAUUUGAGACAUGUAAAAAUUCACUGGCUGGUUUUAGAUGGCCUUCUAUAUUGUUUCCUUCCUGAUGGGCAAGAAAAAUAGACACCUGUCUUUACACAUGGAAUAGAAACAGACAUCUUGGUUAGGUGGAUCCUUCUAAUAUCAGUAUCUUGGUUAAGCUGAAUCUGCAUUGAACAGGCAGGGAACAGACAACUACACUAGUUCUUAACUUUUAAAGAUUAAAGUAUGAAGAAUCACAGCUUUGGUGACACAUCUGAAAGCUGAAGAUCCAGCUUUUUAUAUUUUAGAUGAUGAAGAAACAUUUUUUUUAUCUACUAGUUUUAUUAUUUAAACAUCUUGUUUUGUAACUUCAGCCAAUGGGUUUAUAGGAGUUUGGCUAAUACCAGAAGAAAAUUGCUCAGAUAAAGUGGUGAGAGUGUUGCUUCUAGAUUGCAUUUCUUCUGGAAAUUUCAUAGUGUGACUGUUUACUUGAAUCCCUCUGAUCAAGUGUAAUUAGGAUGAAUUCUGUAUGCUCAGCUUGUACCAUUUCAGUAUAUUUGUUUAUUUAUUUUAAUAUAAAAUGUGAUCAACACUGGUAAAUUACAGCUUUAUGCAUCAACACUCAUCCAGUUAUAAACUGUAAAGGCUGUACAAGAUGCAACUGAAUAAGCUCAUUAUAGGUGAGGUCUGGACCUUUUUCUAUAUUUGAAACCAUUCCAAAUGUAAUGCAGGACUUGAAAGUUUUUCAGGAAUAUAUUCUGUCAGAUUCUUUGCUAUUAUUUUGUUAGCAGUUUAAUGGUAGUCAAGCCACAAUUGUAUAGGACAAUUGCUCAAAAAUAAAUGGUUUAUACUCUUUUUUUUUUAUUUUCAUUAAUUUUUUUAAUGAUAACACUAAUUUUGUGGGUUGUCUGAUACUAUAGAGUUUUGGACUGAACUCUAAUUGUUUGUGAUGCUGACUACAGGUGAGUAGUGUACAGAAUAAUGGCUUUAAAUAGACCUAUAGUAAAGAUAAGACUAAACUGCAAGUAUUGUGCAAACCUUGCCUUUUGCUUAUGUUUUAAGGUAGAGUUGGACUCUUGUAAUUAUUUUUCUACUCACUUGAAGGUUAGUGAAAAUCAUGGAAUCAUGGAAUCAUAGAAUCAUAGAAUGUGCUGGGAUAGAAGGGACAUUUAAAGGCCAUCUAGUCCAACCCCCCUGCAGUAAGCAGGGACAUCUUCAACUAGAUCAGGUUGCUCAGAGGCUCAUCCAGCCUGGCCUUGAAUGUCUCCAGGGGUGGGGCCUCCACCACCUCUCUGGGCAACCUGUGCCAGUGUCUCACCACCCUCAUUGUAAAGAACUUCUUCCUAAUGUCUAAUCUAAACCUACCCUGCUCUAGUUUAAAACCAUUGCCCCUCGUCCUAUCGCUACAUGCCCUUGCAAACAGCCCCUCCACAGCUUUCUUAUAGGCCUAAUAGGUAAUUCAUUCCUAAUGAAUUACAAAGGGAUUCUUUGAGGAGUGCUAUUAACAAGUGCAAAUUUUGGAGACAAACUCCCUUCUGCCUUUGACUUAGUGGGCAUUAUCUAAUAUAUGUCCCUCAGGAAAAGAAAGAAAAGAAGUCAUCCCACCUUUUUGAAAAACCUCCGUGCAUCUCACUUGCCUAAACAACAGAUCGCAUCUGCAAAGCUUCUUAUCUUAGCAGAGGAACAAAUGUGGCUCACAAUCUGUCUUUGGGGAGGCUUUCUGCAAGAUUCUCUUGCAUGAAUGGACAUCUUCGUACACAAUCACAGUCAUUUUCUUAGAAAGGAUGCCCCUCAGAGAAGGCAUUACUCAGCAAGGUCUUCAUCCCAUUGAAUGACUCAGAUCUCAAACUGCUUACAGAUCCCAAACCUCCCAGCAGUAAUGAAGUCACCCUAUUGCCAAGGACAGGAUGGAUGGUAGCAGGGCUACUACGACAAUCAAUAUAUUUUUGUGUUCUACCUCCUCAGCCACUAAAGAACCUCCCCAUGCAAUUUCAGGUAACAUCAAGGACAGUAAUUUGGGGGAAGAAGGACAUACCAAUUCUGCUGUUGUCCAGAUCGUAUUUUUCUGCUUAUUGAAGAUAGAUGCAGUGUCAGCAAUUCUCCAGUUAAAUGACUUGAACGUGAUAAAGUCCUUGAUAGAAGUCUUGCAACUUCCUACAGUGAGUCUUUCAGUCUAUUACGGCAGAGGUGAUGUGCCCCCUUGACAUGAGGGCAUUAUUCUCUUGGAGUGUUCAGGUCAAUGCAGAGAUGGCAAUUUUGAUUUCUAUGUUUUUGUUCUAUUAGUUGUUCCACCUUAGCCCCAGUUUUCUUCCUUGUCAUUCCAGGAGAAAAAACAAAAGG